AUGGGAGAACAAGUAGCUCAAAGGGUGAACAAAGGGCGGAAGAAAAUUUUGUUCAACCCCGGAGAUUGGGUGUGGGUGGACCUUCGGAAAAUACUUUUUCCUGACAAGGCAAGAUCCAAGCUUGCCUCGCGAGAGGAUGACCCAUUUAUGGUCCUAGAGCGUGUGAACGACAAUGUUUACAUCAUUGAUCUUCCCGGUGAGUAUAACGUGAGUUGUACCUUUAAUGUGGCUGACUUGAGCCCGUUUGAUUUUGUAGGGGACGACCCAAAUUUGAGGACAAAUCCUUCUCAAGAGGGAGAGGAUGAUACGAACGGGAGGUCCAAGGCCAAGGCAGACGCUACCACGACUCCCCUUAGGCUUCCCGGAAGGCCCGUCACGAGAUCCAUGAGACAGAAGCUUCGGGAGGGCGUUUCAAACUUCAUCCGGAGUGCAAUGGAUGAGGCAGACGGAACACCCGGUCGGACGAAUCCACCCCUCCAAAAUGCCCGAUUAGGCGUUUGUGCGCUGACUGUCAUCCACGUUCUAGAGAGUUUGCCCGGUCGGGCGAACUCACCAGUCCAAAAAGCCCGACCGGGCGUUUGA